AUGAUGAGCCGCAUUCCCGUUGGAAAAAAGCCAAACAAAAAGGCAAUGACAUCUUCAAACAAUUCUUUAGCAACCAUGAAACGCAUUGUUGAAAUGAUCCCACUGGACAUUGACAUUGAAAAGGCACGGCAAAUCACUCUCAAUGGCAAGAAACUCACUGCGCUUCCUCCCAACUUGGGUGUUUUGCUGCGCGAGGUUCGACGACUGGAUAUUUCCGAUAACGACAUCCAUGACGUCACACCACUGGCUUCAUUCCCCCAUCUUACUUCGGUCAAACUCUCAAAGAACAAGCGGCUGUCGUCUAUCGCACCUCUUAGCACACUGCAUCUAACUGUCUGCGUGGUCGAUCACUGUGCUUUGAGCUCAUUGGUUGGUCUAGAAGGGAGCGCAUCGACGCUCAAAACUCUUAUUGCCAAUGACAACAACUUAUUGCUUCAGUCUCCUGUAGGGGAGGCUGUGGAAGGUGCAACGGCAGACCAUAUCGCAAUAGCUUUAAGAAACUACGAAAUUCUUGGAAUGCUUUCCGCCUGUGAGACCGUUGUGCUCUCCCGCAACCCGCACCUUUGCGCCCUGUAUGCUGCGCAUAAACCAGAUGAGGAGGGGUGUAUUACGGGAGAUGUAAAAAAGAAUAGUGGAGGCGACACACCGCACCACGAGGCAGAUUGGCCACACCCACUCUCUGUUCUUGAGAAAAUGACGCAUUUAAAGAAACUUUCGCUGAGUGGAUGUGGACUGGUGUCACUGCCCCUGCACUGGUUUCUUCCCAUGGUGACAGAGCUGCGGCUGAGCCAUAACGCACUAAGCAGUCUUGUUCCAGAAGGUGUUAUUUUUCGCUCGGUGAAGAUACUUGACGUUAGCCAUAAUGCUCUCACAGAUGUCUCAACAUUGCGACGGUGUCGCUUUGUUCGUCAAUUAAGCAUAAGCGGUAAUCCGUUCUUGAGGGUGGAUGAGGCGUCAUCCGCAAAGAAGGACGAGGAGGUGAGAAGAGGAGUCUACUUACCACCUGAAGUCAUUCGUUUUCUCACACGAAAGAUGCCUCAUCUUGAGGUGGUGGACAGUACGUUGCUCUCAUCCAUUCAAUUAGGAGAUGAUGCAGGUGAGAAUAGACUUAAGAGUUGUGAUGCCGCGGAAGACGAGAGCUUUCAAAAGAAAGAUAAGAAUAACCCAAUGGAAGCAAACGUUGAGGAAAAUGUGGACGUUGUUGUGGAGCCUCCUGAAGUUGUGCCGGAGUCAAUUCGAGCACCCAUUGUCCGGCGAGAGCGAACGAACCUGCUAGCGCAACGAAAGAGAGAGCUGAUAGCGGAUGGCGCCGUCGUAGCUCAACUGGUGAAGAAGCAAAAGAUUGAACGUGCUGGUUGGUAA